UUAAAUAAAUGUAACUCCGCCGAGAGUAAUUGUUUUAAAAUCAUAUUUUCCUAAUCGAUAAUUCGUGUAUGUGUUAUAUGUGUAUUUCUUCGAAUCAAAAUGAAUGAAUUAAAUGUAUAGUGUAAGUUUAAGGUUAAAGCACGGACUAUGUUUUCAAUCGCGGAUGGAUAUUGUCACAUGACGCUUUUCCACGUCGCAAUGUUUUCUUAGUAUAAAUAAAGUGUCCGCGCCUUUCGUGAAUCAUAUUGAACACAGAAGCAAGAAGUUUCCAAGAAGACGUGUACGUUACAUUUACUUCGAGGUUAAUCGUGUAAAGAUGCAGAUCUUCGUGAAGACCCUCACAGGCAAGACCAUCACCCUUGAGGUGGAGCCCAGUGACACCAUUGAGAAUGUGAAGGCCAAGAUCCAGGACAAGGAGGGCAUCCCCCCAGACCAGCAGCGUCUGAUCUUCGCUGGCAAGCAGCUGGAAGAUGGCCGCACCCUCUCCGACUACAACAUCCAGAAAGAGUCCACUCUCCACCUUGUGCUGCGUCUCAGGGGAGGCAUGCAGAUCUUCGUCAAGACCCUCACUGGUAAAACCAUCACACUAGAAGUGGAGCCCAGUGACACCAUUGAGAAUGUGAAGGCCAAGAUCCAGGACAAGGAGGGCAUCCCCCCAGACCAGCAGCGUCUGAUCUUCGCUGGCAAGCAGCUGGAAGAUGGCCGCACCCUCUCCGACUACAACAUCCAGAAAGAGUCCACUCUCCACCUUGUGCUGCGUCUCAGGGGAGGCAUGCAGAUCUUCGUCAAGACCCUCACUGGUAAAACCAUCACACUAGAAGUGGAGCCCAGUGACACCAUUGAGAAUGUGAAGGCCAAGAUCCAGGACAAGGAGGGCAUCCCCCCAGACCAGCAGCGUCUGAUCUUCGCUGGCAAGCAGCUGGAAGAUGGCCGCACCCUCUCCGACUACAACAUCCAGAAAGAGUCCACUCUCCACCUUGUGCUGCGUCUCAGGGGAGGCAUGCAGAUCUUCGUCAAGACCCUCACUGGUAAAACCAUCACACUAGAAGUGGAGCCCAGUGACACCAUUGAGAAUGUGAAGGCCAAGAUCCAGGACAAGGAGGGCAUCCCCCCAGACCAGCAGCGUCUGAUCUUCGCUGGCAAGCAGCUGGAAGAUGGCCGCACCCUCUCCGACUACAACAUCCAGAAAGAGUCCACUCUCCACCUUGUGCUGCGUCUCAGGGGAGGCAUGCAGAUCUUCGUCAAGACCCUCACUGGUAAAACCAUCACACUAGAAGUGGAGCCCAGUGACACCAUUGAGAAUGUGAAGGCCAAGAUCCAGGACAAGGAGGGCAUCCCCCCAGACCAGCAGCGUCUGAUCUUCGCUGGCAAGCAGCUGGAAGAUGGCCGCACCCUCUCCGACUACAACAUCCAGAAAGAGUCCACUCUCCACCUUGUGCUGCGUCUCAGGGGAGGCAUGCAGAUCUUCGUCAAGACCCUCACUGGUAAAACCAUCACACUAGAAGUGGAGCCCAGUGACACCAUUGAGAAUGUGAAGGCCAAGAUCCAGGACAAGGAGGGCAUCCCCCCAGACCAGCAGCGUCUGAUCUUCGCUGGCAAGCAGCUGGAAGAUGGCCGCACCCUCUCCGACUACAACAUCCAGAAAGAGUCCACUCUCCACCUUGUGCUGCGUCUCAGGGGAGGCAUGCAGAUCUUCGUCAAGACCCUCACUGGUAAAACCAUCACACUAGAAGUGGAGCCCAGUGACACCAUUGAGAAUGUGAAGGCCAAGAUCCAGGACAAGGAGGGCAUCCCCCCAGACCAGCAGCGUCUGAUCUUCGCUGGCAAGCAGCUGGAAGAUGGCCGCACCCUCUCCGACUACAACAUCCAGAAAGAGUCCACUCUCCACCUUGUGCUGCGUCUCAGGGGAGGCAUGCAGAUCUUCGUCAAGACCCUCACUGGUAAAACCAUCACACUAGAAGUGGAGCCCAGUGACACCAUUGAGAAUGUGAAGGCCAAGAUCCAGGACAAGGAGGGCAUCCCCCCAGACCAGCAGCGUCUGAUCUUCGCUGGCAAGCAGCUGGAAGAUGGCCGCACCCUCUCCGACUACAACAUCCAGAAAGAGUCCACUCUCCACCUUGUGCUGCGUCUCAGGGGAGGCAUGCAGAUCUUCGUCAAGACCCUCACUGGUAAAACCAUCACACUAGAAGUGGAGCCCAGUGACACCAUUGAGAAUGUGAAGGCCAAGAUCCAGGACAAGGAGGGCAUCCCCCCAGACCAGCAGCGUCUGAUCUUCGCUGGCAAGCAGCUGGAAGAUGGCCGCACCCUCUCCGACUACAACAUCCAGAAAGAGUCCACUCUCCACCUUGUGCUGCGUCUCAGGGGAGGCAUGCAGAUCUUCGUCAAGACCCUCACUGGUAAAACCAUCACACUAGAAGUGGAGCCCAGUGACACCAUUGAGAAUGUGAAGGCCAAGAUCCAGGACAAGGAGGGCAUCCCCCCAGACCAGCAGCGUCUGAUCUUCGCUGGCAAGCAGCUGGAAGAUGGCCGCACCCUCUCCGACUACAACAUCCAGAAAGAGUCCACUCUCCACCUUGUGCUGCGUCUCAGGGGAGGACAGUAAAAGUUUCCCCUGCUUCUGUUCUGGCAAAUGUUCUGUUUUUUUUCACAUGUUUGUUUUUUAUUGAAGUCAUUAAAGGCUAAAUGAAUGCAAUUAA